UCAACGGUGGUGAAGACAAUUGGUGGUGAUGGAGCCUGUUCCAGGGAAGGGAACCAUGGAUGGUGAGAAGGAGCAGUACAUGAUCACCCGAGCGGCCUACUCUGAGGUCAGCUUCAAGGCUCAACACCAACAAAUUGAGAGGUAUCACAAAACGCCCCUGGAUCACCUGAGGAUGUAUUUCAGUUGCUCCACUGCAAGAGCGAAGAGAAUCGGCCUCUCGUUGCUGCCCAUUGUCUCAUGGCUGCCAGCGUACAACGUGAAAGAAUGGAUUGUCAGUGACAUUGUGUCUGGUAUCAGCACUGGCCUCGUCAGCGUGCUGCAAGGUUUAGCCUAUGCCCUCUUGGUGUCAGUACCAGCUGGUUAUGGACUCUACGCGGCCUUCUUCCCCAUCCUGACCUACUUUUUCCUGGGAACAUCAAGACACAUAUCAGUCGGGCCGUUCCCGGUGGUCAGCCUGAUGGUGGGCACCGUGGUGGAGAGGAUUGUUACCGACGGCGAUGCCGGGGCCAACUCCACCAUUUUCCCCGCUGACAUGAGCAGAGAGGAUAGGCAAGUGUGGGUGGCUUCCUCUGUCACCUUCCUCGCCGGGAUCUUCCAGCUGGCUCUUGGAUUUCUCCAGGUGGGUUUCAUCGUCAUUUACCUGUCAGACCCGAUGAUCUCGGGCUUCACCACGGCCGCUGCCAUCCACGUGCUGGUCUCGCAGCUCAAGUUUGUCUUCCAGCUGACGGUCCCCAGUUUCAGUGGGCCCCUGGCCCUGAUAUACACGCUGAAACACAUCUUCACGCACAUCACGGAAUCCAACGUGGCCGACAUCAUCAUCUCACUCAUCAUUAUGGGCGUUGUGUUCGUCGUGAAGGAAAUUAAUGAUCGAUUCAAGUCCAAGCUCCCUGUGCCAAUACCCAUUGAGGUUAUCAUGACAAUAAUCGCGACGGGUGUCUCCUACGGUUUUAACUUUGAAGAGACCUAUAAAGUUGCCAUUGUUGGAAAACUACCCAGUGGAUAUCAGACGCCUCUGGCCCCCAACACCGCCGUCCUACAGCAGAGCUUUGGAGACGCCUUCUCAAUUGCUAUUGUUGGCUUUGCUGUUGCAUUCUCAGUGGCCAAGGUUUACUCCAUCAAACACGAUUACGUUAUCGAUGGAAAUCAGGAGCUGGUGGCAUUCGGGAUCAGCAAUAUGUUCUGUGGGGCGUUCCGUGGGUUUGCGGCCAGCACGGCCCUGUCCAGGACGGCAGUUCAGGAGAGCACCGGCGGCAAGACCCAGAUCGCUGGCCUGUUGUCGGCUGUGAUCGUGAUGAUUGUCACGCUGGCCAUUGGCUUCCUACUGGCGCCUCUACCCAAGUCAGUUCUCGGAGCAAUUGUUAUCAUUAAUCUGAAGGGGAUGUUAAUGCAGUUCAGAGAAAUUGUCGUCCUCUGGAAGAAAGACAAGUAUGACUGCCUGGUGUGGAUCAUGGCCUUCAUCGCUGCCGUGCUCCUGGGCCUUGACAUCGGGCUUGGUGCCGCCGUCGGCUUUGAACUGCUGACUGUCGUCUUCAGGACCCAGUUUCCCCAGUGUUCCGUUCUGGCCAACAUUCGCGGCACGGACCUCUACAGAAACAGGAAGGACCACGUGAAUAUCUAUGAGCCAGAGGGAGUGAGGAUCUUCCGAUGCCCUUCGCCAAUAUUCUUUGCAAACAUUGACUUUUUCCGGACUAAGUUGACAGAAGCUGUUGGGUUUAAUGCUCUCCGCAUUCUCCGUAAGAGGAAUAAAGCCAUUCGAAAAAUCAAAAAGAUGCUCCUGAAAGGAGAGCUAAUGAUCACGGCGAAAGGGUACAUUGAGACGACAGACGGGAGUUAUUCGAGCGACUCUGACAAUGAAGAUGAGAAGACUGCUGACGAUGUGAUUGCAGCAACCGACACCCAGGACUUGCCACUGAAGAUUGACUGGAGGUCCCCUCUCCCGGGUGGGAUUCAAGUCCCCGGAGUGGACACACACAGCAUUGUCCUGGACUUUGCCGCUGUCUCCUUCCUCGACAUGUCUGCGAUGAAAGGCCUGAAUUCGAUCCUGAAAGAAUUCAUCAGGAUUGAGGUUGAUGUUUACAUUGCUGCUUGCGAUGGUCUACUACUGGAAAAAUUAGAAAGAUGCGGAUUUUUUGAUGAUGAAAUCACUCCGGAAAUCUUCUUCCUUACAAUCCACGAUGCAGUGCUCUGUAUAUUGGAAAAACACGACUCCAUCAAAACACUGGACCUCAGGAAUGGAAAGGUGCGUUCUUAUUGUUCAUGUUCAUACGUUCCAGGAGCAGAAUUAGGCCAUUCGGCCCAUCAAGUCUACUCCGCCAUUCAAUCAUGGCUGAUCCACCUUUCCAUCAACCCCAUUCUCCUGCCUUCUCCCCAUAUUUCCAAUAACCCCUGACACCCAUACUAAUCAAGAAUCUAUCAAUCUCCACCUUAAAAAUAUCCAUUGACUUGGCCUCCACAGCCGCCUGUAGCAAUGAGUUCCACCGUAUUGAUUCACUGUAUUGUUUAUAUUCCUAUUGCGGAUGAAAUAGGAUGAUGAAUCUUUGAAACCGCUGCCCGGUUUUACUGGUGACCACCAGAGUGCGCUUUGGAAGAGAAGGAGAUCGCACUCAUUCUGCACGUUUGUGGCCACAACAUGUCUCAAUGUUCAGCGCAGGUCACAUUGUAGAUCUACAGCCACGCUGUACACAGCACUGUGGUGUCGUGUGAAACACACAGACAUUGGCAGAGCACCACUGGGUAUCAAGCGAUGGCAUAGAGGGCAAGGAGGCAUGAGAAGGGGAGCAAGCCUUGUGGUUGAUGAUUGUGUCUGUGCAUCUGGUUAGAUGUAGAGUACGUUGUGACUUCAGUCAUCUUCCUUGAUUCCAUGACCUUUAUUCAUCUAAACAAACCCAUCAGUGUCAAUGUGGGCAUCCUUAGGUAAUAGCUUUGGCAGCUUCUUUAGGUUUAAUUUAGUUUAGAGAUACAGUGCGAAAACAGGCCAUUCGGCCCACCAUGUCACUCUGUCCAGCGAUCCCCGCACACUAACACUAUCCCACACACACUAGGGAGAAUUUACAAUUAUACCGAAGCCAAUUAACCUACAAACCUGUGCUCCUUUGGCGUGUGGGAGGAAACCGGAGCACCUGGAGAAAACCCACGCAGGUCACAGGGAGAACAUAUAACCAUAUAACAAUUACAGCACGGAAACAGGCCAUCUCGACCCUUCUAGUCCGUGCCGAACACAUAAUCUCCCCUAGUCCCAUAUACCUGCGCUCAGACCAUAACCCUCCAUUCCCUUCCCAUCCAUAUAACUAUCCACCCACCCAUAUAACUAUUCAUAUAGAUUCUGUACAGACAGCACCCAUGUUCAGGAUUGAACCCGGGUCUGUGGCUCUGUAAGGCAGCAACUCUACUGCUGCACCACCAGGCCGUUUACAAGUGAAGAGUACAUUGUAACUUCAGUCAUCUGCCUUGAUUCCAUGACCCUUAUUAAUCUCAGAAAACCCAACAAAGUCUGCAGCAUCAAUUUGGGAAUCCUCGGGUAUCAGCUUUGCCCGCUUUCUGGGGUGACCGCUUGAGGUUUUCAGUGUAUUUUGUGUACUGUGGUGACACAUCGCCCUGAUAAACUCGCUGCCGCUGCAUGCAGUUGGAGCUGGUUAAUCCUCCUGCCAACGUCACAGCUACCUAGAUUUGGCGCCGCUCCCAGCAGGACAAUCUGCAGCCUGCAAUGACCUAGGGCUGAGCCCCUGACAACAGUAAUGGUGGAGUGAGGGAUACAGCAGGCAGCGAGGUUACAACUCGUGGAACCGACACUGCUACUGGUGGCUCUCAGCAUCUCGUGAAGGCUCACCUUCAGGAUGCCAGAUCUGUUUUGCAUCUAAUGUGUUGGAAUGAACUGCAGGGGCUGGUAAACACAAAAAGCUGGAGUAACUCAGCGAGUUAGGCAGCAUCUCUGGAGAGAAGGAAUAGGUGACGUUUCAGGUCGGGUUGAGACCCUAAAGAAGGGUCUUGACCCGAAACGUCACCCAUUCCUUCUCUCCAGAGAUGCUGCCUGACCCGCUGAGUUACUCUAGUGUCCAUCCUCUGUUCUGCAUCUACCCCAUCUAACAUCACUGUGGUGCCAAACACUAUGGUACAGGAUGCUCUUGGAGUGGAGGCAGGAGAUCACCUCCAUAAGGACUGUGCAGUCAAUAGGCACUCAUUAUCCUGCGUUACUGUGGACAGAUGUACCCGACUGAGGGCAAGGAGGUUUAGCCCUGGUAUUUGUUUAGUCACCACCAGCCUCACAUCCAGUCUGGCCACUCUCUCAAAGAAUUCAUCCAGCCCGGACUGUCGUAGCGUGGCCAAGCCUCUUGUGGUUGGAAGUGAUGCAGUGAUCCUCUGGCAGUUCGUUCCAUCAAUCCACCACCAUCUGCAUGAAAACAAUCCACCUGAGAAUCCUCUUAUAUCUUUCCUCUCUCACCU